AUGUUACAGGAAGAAAAUGUGAAACCAAAUGACAGGACGUAUAAUAUUCUCAUUCGAGCUUGGUGUAACAAGGGAGACAUUUUGGAAGCAUGGAACGUGGUCUACAAAAUGAUUUCAGCUGGCGUCAAACCUGAUGCUGUGACAUACAAUACAAUAGCAAAGGCCUAUGCUCAGAAUGGUGACACCAGUCGAGCUGAAGCAAUGAUAUUUCAGAUGCUAAACGACAAAGUGAAACCAAACGAGCGGACAUGUGGUAUUAUUGUAAAUGGUUAUUGCGAAGAAGGUAAUAUGACGGAUGCAUUCAGAUUUGUGUAUAAGAUGAAGGAUCUUGGAGUGCAUCCAAAUCUCAUCAUAUUCAACUCACUUGUCAAAGGGUUUCUCGACUGUUCUGAUCCUGAUGGAGUUGAUGAGACACUGUCAUUGAUGGAAGAAUUCGGGGUAAAACCUGACGUGGUAACAUUUAGCAGUAUAAUGAAUGCAUGGAGUUCUGCUGGACUGAUGGACAAAUGCCAAGAAAUAUUUGACGAUAUGGUUAAGAACGGCAUAGAACCCGACAUUCAUGCAUUUAGCAUUCUCGCAAAAGGCUAUGUGCGUGCUGGACAACCAGAAAAGGCUGAGGCCCUCCUGAAAGUGAUGGGGUCGUCAAGAGUUCAUCCAAAUGUCGUAAUCUUCACUACAAUCAUAAGUGGAUGGUGUAGCACUGGUAAAAUGGAGUAUGCUCUAAGAAUGUACGAGAAAAUGUGUGAGAUGGAUGCAUCUCCAAAUUUGAAGACCUUUGAAACUCUAAUAUGGGGAUACGGGGAAGCAAAACAGCCAUGGAAAGCUGAGGAGUUCCUCCAAAUUAUGGAAGAGAAGGGUGUGCGUCCUCAGAAGAAAACUAUUCAGCUUGUGGCAGAUGCAUGGCAAGCCAUCGGUUUUCUAAGUGAAUCUGAGAGAAUCUUGAAUUUUACUGCAGAAGAUCAGAUAGUUGCAUCUAAUUCUAGUCCAGAUGAGACACCUGAUAAUGGCGUAAAAAGGAUUUAUCGUAAAGAAAAACUUACUGGUUCUUAUUCAAAUUUGUUACCGACAUCUGAUACCAUUACAGGCUAUCAGAAUGGAUCAACUGCUAUCAAUUCAAGAAGCCAGAUGGUGCUUAAGAGAUCCAAGUCAUCAGAAUGCCAGAUCACUGCAGUUAAAUCCAUUUUACUUGUUCGUACUUGUGGGUUCAAAGCAAAAUCGCCAGUGGUAUUUUGCAAACAUGAUUAUGUUUUGGCGGGAAGCUAUGGGUACUCGGGUUCAUGUAUGGUGGCAUUUUAA